AUGGCGGAGGCCAUACUCCUUGCUGUGUCGAAGAUUGGGACAAUCGUUUUGAAUGAAGUAGUCACGGAUGUGGUACAGAAGCUAUCGAGGAAGCUUGAUGCUCUAAAGGAAUUGCCAGCAAAGGUCCAAAGAAUCGAGAUAGAACUGAAUACAAUGAAUGAUAUAAUCCAAGAUUUGGGUUCAACAAAUCUCAACAACAAUGUGAUCAAGGGUUGGAUUGGAAACGUAAGGAAGCUGGCCUACCGUGUUGAGGAUGUGAUUGAUAAGUACUCGUAUGAGGCUCUUAAGCUCAAGGACGAAGGCUUCCUACAUCGUUACAUCAUCACCGGUUCACGCCAUGUUAAGGUUUUCAGUAAAAUUGCCGAGGAAGUUGAAGAGAUAGAAAAGGAUAUCGUGCAAAUCAAAGGACUUCCUAAAUAUUGGAGAGACACAAACGAACCCAACAAAAAUGACCAUGCAAAGAUUGAUAAGCAACGGUCUGGAAGCUGCUUUCCAGAACUUUUUAGUGACGAGGAUCUUGUGGGAGUUGAUGAAAAUAGGAGCAAGUUGAUUGAAUGGCUGGCCAGCAAGGAUAAAGAAAGCACAGUGAUAACAGUUUCUGGUAUGGGAGGCUUGGGGAAAACAACCCUUGUCAAGAAUGUGUAUGAUCGGGAGAAAGUCAACUUCCCUGAUGCACAUGCUUGGAUUGUGGUGUCAAAGGAAUAUGAUGUAAUUGAUUUGCUGGGGACAUUGCUCACCAAGAUACAACACAGACAAGAGUCAACGACACCACCUCCUCUUAGCGUGGGUGCCAAAUCUGAUGUGUAUGACUUAACAGAAGCAAUAAACAAGAUACUACAAGACAAGAAGUGUUUGAUUGUGCUUGAUGAUGUGUGGAGUAAAGAUGCAUAUAAUCAAAUGUGCAAUGCUUUCCAGGGUAUCAAUGGAAGCCGUGUUAUGAUCACGACACGGAUGGAAGAUGUUGCAGCUCUUGCUCAACCAAAGCGUCGCCUUGUACUCCAGCCAUUGGGUAGCACUGAGUCAUUCAAGCUAUUUUGCUCAAGGGCUUUCCACAGCAACCUGAACCGCGAGUGCCCUCUGGAGCUCAAGACGGUGGCUACAAAAGUUGUUGAGAGGUGUCGUGGCCUACCAUUAGCCAUUGUAUCUUCUGGCAGCCUAUUGUCCACGAAGCAACCAACAGAGCAUGCCUGGAAUCACAUGUUCAAUCAUCUCCGUAGCGAGUUGCGGGGGGAUAACCAUGUCCAACCUAUACUUGAUCUGAGCUACCAUGACUUGCCAGGUGAUCUAAGGAACUGCUUCCUGUACUGCAGCUUGUUCCCUGAAGACUAUGCAAUUUCACGGGAGAGCCUUGUGCGGUUGUGGGUUGCCGAAGGGUUUGCUGUGAAGAAAGAAAACAGCACACCGGAGGAAGUGGCUGAGGGAAAUCUUAUGGAGCUCAUUGGGAGGAACAUGUUGGAAGUCGUGGAAAGGGAUGAGCUCUUAAGGGUUAGUACAUGUAAGAUGCAUGACCUUGUCCGUGACCUGGCUCUUGCUGUGGCUAAAGAGGAGAGGUUUGGCUCCGCGAAUGGCCCCAAAGAAAUGAUUCGCAUGGAUAAAGAAGUUCGUCGGUUCUCGACAUGUGGUUGGAUAGACAGUAAAGCAAUAGUGGGAGUGAAAUUUCCACGACUCCGUACCAUCAUGUCACUUGCGACAGCUUCGCCCUGUACUAACAUGCUUUCCUCAGUUUUAUCUGGAUCCAGCUACCUUACUGUUCUCGAGCUUCAAGACUCUGGAAUAACCCAAGUGCCGGCAUCCAUCGGGGAUUUGUUCAAUCUUCGCUACAUCGGCUUAAGGCGUACCAAUAUCCAGUCGCUGCCACACACCAUUGAUAAGCUCUCAAACCUUGAGACACUGGACAUCAAGCAAACAAAAGUGGAAAAGCUACCACCAGGAAUUGUAAAUAUUGAGAAGCUACGGCACCUUUUAGCUGACAGGUUUGCUGAUGAGAAGCAGACGGAGUUCCGAUACUUUGUUGGAGUCGAAGCGCCUCACAUGAUUUCCAACUUUCAAGAGCUGCAAACUCUUGAGACCGUCCAUGCCAGCAAAGACUUGUCACUACAGCUGCAGAAAAUGAUGAAGCUGCAGACAGUUUGGGUUGAUAACAUCAGUGCAUCUAACUGUGAUGACCUAUUGAAAACCCUCUCAGAUAUGCCCCUACUUUCCAGCUUACUUCUCUCUGCGUGUGAUGAGAAUGAGACACUUAGUUUCCAAGCACUCAAGCCAGUUUCCACAUAUCUCCACAGGCUAAUAAUCAGAGGCGGCUGGGCUGAUGGUACACUCAACUGCCCAAUAUUUCAGGGCCAUGGGAAGAGUCUCAAGUACUUGGCUCUAAGUUGGUGCGAUCUUGGGAUGGAAGACCCGCUGCGGUUGUUGGCAUCUCAUCUUCCAGAUCUCACUUAUCUCAGUCUUAACAGGGUGAGUAGUGCAGGUAUAUUGGUUCUUUCUGCAGGGUGCUUUCCUAAGCUGAAGACACUCGUCUUGAAGCGCAUGCCUAAUGUCAAGCAACUGGAGAUUGAAAAGGGCGCCAUUCCGGACAUUGAUGGGAUCUACAUUGUGUCACUCUCCAAGCUGAACAUGGUCCCUCAUGGCAUUGAAUCCCUUGGAACCCUCAAGAAGCUCUGGAUGUUGGAUCUGCACAAGGACUUCAAGGCUCAGUGGAAUCUAAACCAGAUGCACAACAAGAUGAAGGCUGUUCCUGAGCUCCGUGUCUAG